UCCGCAGGCGGAUUAAAGAUGGCGCCGUAUCACGUACUAAGGUGCUGUCAGCGGAGUUUAGCUUGGAUACCUGUUAUUUUCAUCAAUCUUGUCGUUGGCUGGUCUUAUUAUGCAUAUGUUGUGGAGCUCUGUAUCUUUACAAUCCCGAAUAAUGCAGAAAAAAUAUCAUACCUGCUGGUCUUUCACCUGUUCUUCAUCAUGUUUAUCUGGUCCUACUGGAAGACUAUCUGCAGCAGGCCCGCCAGCCCCUCUAAAGAGUUCGGUCUACCCAAAGCGGAGAAGGAGCAGUACGAGAAGGAGGAGCGCCCGGACGUUCAGCAGGAGAUUCUGAAGAAGGUGGCCAUAGGAUUGCCGGUCUACACCCGCACCGGGACAGGAGCCAUCCGUUACUGUGACCACUGUCAGGUGAUCAAACCGGACCGCUGCCACCACUGCUCCACCUGUGAAAUGUGUGUACUGAAGAUGGAUCAUCACUGUCCAUGGGUUAAUAACUGUGUUGGAUUUUCAAACUACAAGUUCUUUGUCCUAUUUCUGGCCUACUCAAUGUUAUAUUGUGUAUUCAUCGCUGCUACAGUCCUGCAGUAUUUCAUCAAAUUCUGGACACUUUGCCGAAGGAGGUCUGUUGGGGAUUGUCCUCAGAAUCAGCUGCCUGACACUCACGCCAAAUUUCACGUGUUGUUUCUGUUUUUUGUGGCGGCCAUGUUCUUCAUCAGCAUCCUGUCACUUUUCAGCUACCACCUCUGGCUAGUGGGAAAGAAUAGGACCACAAUAGAGGCGUUCAGGGCUCCUGUGUUCAGAAACGGCUCGGACAAGAAUGGUUUCUCUCUCGGCUUUAGUAGGAAUGUGGCAGAGGUUUUUGGAGACGAGAAGAAGUAUUGGCUGUUACCCAUCUAUAGCAGCCAUGGUGACGGACACAGUUUUGUCACUCGGUUGGUGAACUUGGAUCCCGAGCAGCUAGCUGUAGGCCUCCAGAUCAAUGGCAAAAGCGCUGUGGAUGGUCCGACAAGCCCCAAGCAUUCCCUUGGCAACAGCAUCCACCACAGUGAGGACCACCUGGACAGCAUCUUGGAACAGACUGGAGCAGAGACGGUCACUGUCACCAUAGAGAGCGAAUCAUAGACCAGUGUGCCUACGGAUGAGUCUGGCUGAAGUCCUGCAGACCCUGAAUAGGAAACAGAUGAGCCUCCUCUCUCCUGCUUCGAUUAGCAGGCGGCUCAUAAGACUAGACUGUGAUGCCUUUCAACCAGCAGAAUCUGUCUCUACACAAAGUACUACCAUGAACACAUUUCUUUAAUUUUUUUUAUAUUCUUCUGGACAGCGUUUCUGUUAAUGAACCCAAGCUGGACUGUCGCGGAUGCUACAUUUGUCAGCAGAGCUUUCAUCAGCUUUCAGCAUCCAUCUUCAUCCUCCCCCAAAACACAUGCAGCCUCUACGGAAAGCUUUGUCUUUGCUGCUAACCAAAGACACACUACAAGCUUUUUUUCCCUUUCUUUUAUUAAUCUAUGGGACGGCUCUUUUAUUCAAGCCAAAAAAGAAUACUCUUUCUACUGGUCAGAUUAUUUCAGGAAAAGUGCAGGAAUAUAACUACUUAACAGGUAUACACCUAAAACCAGUAUUCUCUAGCUUUACUGGAGAUGAUGACAUUGACUGUGUCUUCAAAAUCUCAGUUUGAAGGUUUGAUUGGGUUAAGCCUAUGGGAUACAACUUUUUGUCUUGAUGUCCUGAAAACGAAUGUCUUAGUGUUUUUUUAAUGUGUACACUGUAUGCACUUUACAUCUGAACCCUGUGGAGGGCGCUAAGCAUAUCAAUUUAUUUAACAGGGCAGUCCCUGCAGUAGAUUUUAUGUCAACCAAGGCUUGGUUACACUCUAUUCUUUCCAGAAUCUGCUCUGUAUCAUCUUAACUUAAAGCUAAAACCCUUCGCAAUUGCAUUCCUUUUUGGACUUGAUUUUUUAAAGAUUCUGUUGAUUAAAAAAAAUAUAUAUGCUACAUAUGAAUGCCACACAAGAUUAGUGCAACUAUUGUGUCCCAUCGUAAGCUAAAACGCAAGCUUUUCUCUUUGGUCUUUGAAUAAGACAAGGGUUCAACUGCUGAUUCUAGGAUUAAAUGUGCAUUGUGCCUUUAAUAAUAAUGUUCAGUAUUAAGAUUGUUCAGAUGUUUCAUUCAGUUUUAUGGAAGGACAAAGGUUUAGUGCAGUGCCAUAGUAAAUGGUUUACCUUUGCAUGUGUCACUAUUUAAAGUAUUACAUUAUUUGUCAAUUGCACACAAGGUUCAACUUAAAUUUUACUUAUGCUUUUAACCCAGCUCCUCAGAAUUGGAGAGGUGCAUGGGGCUGCCGGAUUAGAUUUAGUGACUUUUUGGUACCUUGCCCAAUGUUCCUAAAUGCUGGGCUACCUGGUGUCAUUACUUUAUAUGUCAAAAAAACCAAGGAGAGCGUUUCUGUGUACAACACUAAACUGGGCAUAUUUUGCUCACACAUUCAAAGUGUCACACAGAUUUUACCCAAAUAAAUCAGGGACAAUUCCUAACUUCUUAUUCAGCGGAAGUCAUCAUUGAUGAUUUAUGUAUUGCUUUUUUUCUCAAGGAUUAGGUUGGGAAUCAACAUUUUUACAAGGUGUUAAAUCUGAUGCUAGCAAUAAAAUAACACUGCCUAGCACUAUUUUUACUGUAUAGUAAAAGUAUUUCUUUUCAAGCUUUUUUUAAAAAGAUGGCUUUUCAAUUGUUUCUUUUGCUCUUACCAGCAUUGCCAUGUUAUGUUUUUAGAUAUGUUACAUUAAAGGGAGCUGUAUGAUGUUUAAGUUAUUGGGGAAGUCUUUCACUUUUUAGGCGUUAACAUUAUAUUUCCUCUAUGUGAAAUGGGAUGAAUUUGAGUUCAAUCUGUGAUAGCUGAUUGUUUUCAUUAUAUAAAGCACACUACGCCAAUUUCUAUCUUCAAUCUUUGCAUUGAACGUUGUUACUGUUCAGAGAUAAUGUAAAAGGGAUGGCUUUGAACAAUUUUUUUAUUUUUUUUUAAAGCACAACAUUGUCCAUGACAAAUGCUGCUUUCAUGGAUAAUGAUGAGCAUGAUGUUUUAGAUCUGUCUUGUUAUUCUAAUUUAUGAUGUUGAACAUAUACCAGCCUGACCAAGAGGGAUAGGGAUCACAACUUCUCAACAUACAAUAUUUGCAAUUGGGUUUUUCCAUUUUCAAAUAAACCAUGGUGCAUUUGGAAAAUGUCAGCAUUUUCUUUUUACCGGAUGCAAAUAUGUUGGUGUAACACCCUAAUUUUUAUAACUCCGUAGAAGUGGUUUGCACUGAAUAGUAUACUUACAUAAUCCAUUAAGAAGGUAAAUCAUGGACCAAUUUCUUUUUUAUGAAUCUGCAUGCAUGUUUUCUUAUAUUGUAUUAGCCUGUCUUACAUAAAUGUUUUAUUCAAUUAAGUAUUUAAUUUUGUAGCGUUAACAGCACAUGCUGUUUCAGUGCACCCGAAUACUUGAUGAAUGGACUGAUUUGCUCAUUUGUAGACGUAAAACCCUAAACCUAGUUAGUCCCAUGAUCCACCUGAGUAGAGAUUGCUGAGAUGAGAGGACUGAAGGCGGGAUUACAGAAAAAAUUUAGUUUUUUGCCCAAUGUUAUUUUGUACCUACAUUAUACAGUGGCUAACACACCUGCAGUACAACAUGUAGAACCUUCCUGCUCCCGGACUGCCACAGAAGUAGCAAGGUUUCACUAAUGUCAUUCAUAUGAUUUAACACUAUCCAAACACAUGGUUUCAAAGCCUCCAUGCAGUGUUUGUAAUAAAACAUUUAAAUUGUC